GUCACGCGACGCAUGCUUUUGCCCGCCGGCGAAACCGCGUGUAGUGCGCUCCCGACAACUGAUACCAUCGUUUAUCGGCCAAGGUCCCCGGAGUUUGUGUCCACGCGCAUCGCCCGCCGGUAAAUCAAGCCCAACGGUUAGUUCUAGUUAAUUUUUGUGAUGACGCACAACGAAGAACGAACGCACUGGUUCAAGGAAGGAGCUAUCGGCUUGGGCGUCGGCGUGCUUUAUGGAGUCACCAACGUGUGCGUCGGGCAUCCGUUCGACACGAUUAAGACAAAAAUGCAGGCACAAGCCGGCUUCGAGAGCUGUAGCAUGUACCAGUCCUUCCGGAAAACGCUCAGGACCGGCGGCGUCGUUGGGCUCUACAGGGGCUGCGUCCCGCCACUCCUGGGAUCCGGGAUCUACCGUUCCGUUCAGUUCGCCGUUUUUGAAGCUGCGUACACAUACCUUGACAACACGGUGUGCACGAACCAAAUUCCACUCACAGCAGGACUGCAGACGAGAGUCGUAAUCGGAGGCGUCAUUGCGUCUACAGCCCGAGCCAUCAUCGAGUGCCCCUUAGAGUAUGCUAAGAUAAGCCGCCAGAUUGGGCAGACAUGGACGUUACGCAAAGUUUACACGGGCUUUGGUGUGACGUGGAUGCGAACAGUGGGGCUCAUGACGUCCUACUUUAUCUUCCUGGACUCUGGGCGGCGCAACUUCAACGAGUACUUCCAGCGACCCCUGCUGGGGCCCUUCCUCAUCUCGGGCCUGGCAGCAACGGCGGCCUGGUGGAUUGUCUGGCCGCUGGAGUACAUGAAGUCGCAAGUGCAGGGCCACUAUGGAGAAAACGUGUCCCUCCUCCAGCGAAUGAAGUCCGUCUACAGGCAGAAAGGUGGCGUCACGGCCAUGUACCGUGGCCUUGCUCCUGGCUCUAUCCGGAGCUUUGUCGCCAAUGGGACCAGCAUGAUUGUGAUGAGCUACGCGCAGCGGAAGGUCACCGAACUGGGCCUUCGGGAUUGACGCUUUUACAAACCGCUGCACCGGACUGCAUUUCUUCGCAUCGUGUACUCCACUGUGAAUGUUCGCAGCAUUUCGCACUGUUAAGUGUCAAGUCAUUUUUUUGGAUAGGCUUGUUGAUGAUAGCUGUGCAUUUCUUUUUCUUUGUGGACUUUCCUGUUGAGCUUAAAGCUGUGGAUGCUUUUAACUGUUUAGUCACUGCAUCUGCACAAUCUAUUGACCAAUUUUUCAACGGUGCUUUGGUAAUUUUUCUUGUAUAUUCACCAGUGGAUUCUGCUGAAAGCGGCUUUGUCUUUAAUGUUUUCUUUGUAGCUGUGCACUUUUUGGCAGCUGUUUACCAUGCGUUUUAUGCAUACAUGUUUAAGGGAACACCACAGUGCCUGGCCAGACUGAAAUGCCAUUCUUUUACAGAUGGUCAAUGCUUUGCAAAGCUGGAUUCACAUUUUAUGGUCAUCCUGUAUGUCUCCAAGUGUUUCCACUCGAUGUCAAGUGUUUCUAUUCUAUGUGUCUUAAGCAUUGAGAACAGUGGUGCUUUUAGGUUGCCCUUAUGGUUGCGUGGGUGGUUAAUGCUGACAUGAUCAAAAUAAGGCAAGCGCUCGCCUGAGUACAAGGUUGAGAAGAAAUGUAUAACUGACAUUUGUUAUUCACAAUCCUCCAAAAACUGGUUUAGUGGGGGUCGUAAAUUUCCUAAAUAAAGCGAGUGCUUGCCUAAAUACUACAAUGGUUCCUCGGUUCAUGAACACUUUUGUUCACAAAAAUUCAGUUCACGAACAGCAGCAUUUGCAAACUUUUACCUCGGUUCACAAACUUCUGCAGUGUGAUGAACAGGACCCUGCAAGUAUGAUCACUAGCAAUAUGGUUAGUCUACCGCCUCCGGCAAUGUCCCUGUUCAGUUCAGUUCAGUACAAUUCAGUUGUAUUGAGAAGAAAUGCAGGCACAGCAUAAUUAGUCAGCUUAGGCGUGUCACAUCAUAUCAGGCUCACACAGAUUGCACCUGGAAUGCAUGGGUUAUGUCAUUUAUUUAUUGGUAACUAAAAACGCCUUUAUUGUUAAUAACUUUCAACAGUACAGUGCUGUACUGUACAGUACACAUGGUUACAGAUUUCCUAAUUAAAAAUAAAAUGUUUAUUCCAUAGAAUCUGAACAGAUUGGCCAUGCUUACUUUUUUUUCUGUGGGCAACUCUGCUUCAGUUCAUAACUAAUUCAGUUUGCAGCCACUCAUGGUAUGAACGAAGCUCGUGAGCCAAUAUACCACUGUACUAAUUUUUUGUACUUGUGUGAACAAAAGAGCCAUAGUGGGUCCAAAACAUCAAUACAGUUGACUUUUGUUAAUUCGACCCUGACCGGACCGCCAAAAUUGAUCGAAUUAUCCGGCAGGUCGAAUUAAACAAGAUCGGCAGUAUUUGCACGAUUCUAACACACCCCCGAAUCAAAUGUGCGCCCCCUUCCUAUGUGUAUAAAGUUGAAAUUUAACGUGCAUUUAAUUUUUUGCAAUAAAAAUGGGCAAGGGUCUAAUAUGUGUUGCACAGUGGUGGCUUAUUUCGUAAAGUCAGCUUAGCCGCAAUGUGGCAAAGCAUACGUACUCUAUGAAAGCAGCUUUUGGCUAGAUUUUCCUUGAAAGAAAAAGGGGCGAGCGUUAGAAUGGGGGAAAUACCAUACUCAGACAUUGUGAGCUGCCAUUGUUGCUUGAAAAUUUUACUAGGGCAGCCCAAAAAGAGGCGUUUUCGACAGGAGAUGACGUGUUCAAUGCAUUCAUUGACCCCUAAGCUCUGUUGAGACAGAGGCUGCCUGUAAAGGGGUCAAUCACUGUUGGGGUCAGUUAGGAGUCAGGCACUUGCAUGCUGACUGGUCAAGCUUGAAUUAUCCAGCAAAGGCCAAUUCUAGGAUUGUAAUAAUGAAGGUUAGGGCCCAUAGAAAUGCAUGUGCGCCGACCGGGACCUUCAGUUGGGAUCAAAUUAAUUGGAGUCGAAUUAACGGAAGUCUACUGUACAUGUUUUUUUUUUCAAAUCCUAAUAUGUACUUUAGUGGUCCUUGCAUCUUGAUCAUGUCCUACCAUUGGCUGAUGAAUGCACGUGCUUCAACUGAAGUACGUACAUGCGAUUCCAAGUACACUGUUCACGUGCACACAUGCACAGUGUUCUUGGGACUAGUUUACAUGUCACCUAACCAUUGUUAGGUUACAUGUAGGGUGAAUCGUCCGUGACGGCAGGGACUAAAGUGAAUCGUCCCUGUGAUGCAUUUAAACUUGUGAUACACUUGGCAACCAGAGAGGUGCCAGUUUUACACUGCUGGUACUAUUUCGUUGCAUUCUGGCAUUCUAAUAUCUUGUACAUUUCCUCUUUUUAUAUAUAUGUAAUGUUGCAGCAUGUGAGCACUGUUCAAUUUUAAUACCUUGCUAUACAGUACAAGCUCUUUAAUACUUGUUUGUUCUGUUCCGAGCGCUGUUUUUGUUAAAUUCACGAUGCCUCAAGUACAAGUGAGAGUGCCUUAAUGUUUGUACAGCUCACUAUUUUCAUUUUGCGUGGCACUUAAAGAUUAUUUUGUUUAACUGUGAUGUUGAAAGGUUGCUUUUACGAGCUUACUGAUGUUAUCUUGAACUUGUUGCGUUUUAUUAUUAUGCUGUAGGCCAAUUUGUGCAAUUUCAUUCUCUAGAAAAGUUGUAAAUGAAGAAUAAAUGCUUGAACACUUUUA